GACACAAGUCGACUUGCAAGCCACGCGUGUUGACUACGCUCGCUCAUUCUGGGCAAGGUUCAGUGCCUGCGACCUGGGGAACAUCAUUAAUAUCGACGAAAUCGGAGUUCAUUAUGACAUGCCACCACGUCGUACAUGGGCUCGGGUUGGGGAGACGGCCAAAGUUGACAGCCAGCAGAAGUACUCUGACAGGAUAACCGCAGCCCUCACAGUACGCGUAGAUG